AUGGGUAAUGGAAUUACAAGACUUACAGCUGUCAAGAGGCAGGCAACCAAGGAUGCUGGUGUCAUUGCCGACCUCAAUGUUGCUAGGAUCAUCAAUGAGCCAACUGCUGCUGCUAUUGCCUAUGGUUUGGACAAGAAGGGUGGCGAGAAGAACAUCCUUGUCUUUGACCUUGGUGGUGGUACUUUUGAUGUCAGUAUCUUGACCAUUGAUAACGGUGUGUUUGAGGUGAUGGCCACCAAUGGUGACACCCAUCUUGGAGGUGAGGAUUUUGACCAGAGGAUCAUGGAAUACUUCAUCAAGUUGAUCAAGAAGAAGUACAGCAAGGACAACCGUGCUCUUGGGAAGCUGAGGAGGGAAGCUAAGCGUGCCAAGAGAGCCCUGAGCAACCAGCACCAGGUCCGAGUUGAGAUCGAGUCCCUCUUUGACGGGACCGACUUCUCGGAGCCGCUGACCCGUGCUAGGUUUGAGGAGCUGAACAACGAUCUGUUCCGCAAGACUAUGGGCCCUGUCAAGAAGGCCAUGGAGGACGCUGGCCUUGAGAAGAGCCAGAUCCACGAGAUCGUCCUGGUUGGUGGAAGCACCAGGAUUCCCAAGGUCCAGCAGCUCCUAAAGGACUACUUUAAUGGCAAGGAGCCCAACAAGGGUGUGAACCCUAAUGAGGCUGUUGCCUUUGGUGCCGCGGUGCAGGGAAGCAUCUUGAGCGGCGAGGGUGGUGACGAGACAAAAGAUAUCCUCCUCCUUGAUGUGGCUCCUCUCACCCUGGGUAUUGAGACCGUUGGUGGAGUCAUGACCAAGUUGAUCCCGAGGAACACUGUCAUCCCAACCAAGAAGUCGUAGGUGUUCACCACCUACCAGGACCAGCAGACCACUGUCUCCAUCCAGGCAUUUUCAGUUAUUGCGAAUUCACCUCUACUUAUUGAUCUCUCGUGUGUCCUAGAUCAUGUUGUUUCUGAGCUCACAGCUUUCCUUCGUAAGGAAGAGGAACUGAAAAGGGGCGAGCUGGAGGCUGACAAAGACAAAAUGAUGAGAGAGUAUAGAGCUCAACUGGAUGCUUUGGACUGUUAG